AUGACUUAUCAGAGCACCCUGAACCUCCUUUUCAGUUCCAAAAACAUCAUCCCUAACUACCGUUGUGAGACACAGAAGAAUAUGAUAUCUGUCAUUGGUGGACUUGAUUCUGAAACGUCCCUGUACAUGGCCAACAUCUUCAGUGCCUACAAGAUUCCACAGGUCACCUACUGCUUCUUUUCUCCAGAACUGAGGGAGAAAACCCAACUACGUUCCAUUUACCAGAUGGUCCCUAGUGAAACAAAUCAAUGCACUGGUGUGGUGCGGCUUCUUCUGCAUUUCCAAUGGACAUGGGUUGGAAUCAUUGCAGUCAAUGAUGCUCAAGGAGACACGUUUGUGCAGAUAUUGUUGGCACUCCUAUCUGAGAAUGGCAUUUGCCCUGCUUUCAUUGGCAGGCUUCCACCUUUCACUUCCACUGAAGACAUGAUAGAUGAUUUCCUCUUGACAAAAUCCAAAGAUAAUCUCUCAUUUUUAACCCAUAUCAAAAUCAAAGUAUUUGUUAUAAGUGGGGAUACUCUCACCAUGCUUACCUUGAAAUGGUUUCUAAUUGUCGCACAAAGGGGCGUUAUGACUGAGGCGAUCAUGGGUAAGCUUCACCCUUUCCUAAGGAGUGUCUCAUUUAACAACACUGCUGGGGACCCCAUUCACUUCAAUGAGAGAGGUGAACUAGAAACUGGAUUUGACAUUAUCAACUGGGUGACUUUCCCAAAUCAAAGCUUUCUAAGGCUGAAAGUAGGAAGGAUGGAUCAACAGGCUUCACAGGACACAGAGCUCACCAUUAAGGAGGAGUUAAUCACAUGGCAAAGGAAGUUUAAUCAGGUCCAACCUUUGUCUGUGUGCAAUGACAACUGCCAUCCAGGUUUCAGCAGAAAAAAGAAGGAGGGGAAGCCAUUUUGUUGUUAUGAUUGCGCUCCAUGUCCUGAAGGGAAGAUUUCAGACAAGAAAAACAUGGAUGAUUGUUCCAAAUGCCCGGACGAUGAAUAUCCAAACAAAGACAAAGAUCAAUGCCUGCCAAAGGUUCUCAACUUCCUGUCCUAUGAUGAGCCUUUGGGGAUCACUUUAACUUUCUUGGUGGUGUCAAUGUCUGUCACCACAAUUUUAGUACUUGGAAUCUUCAUUAAACACCGGAACACCCCCAUCGUCAAAGCCAACAACCUGAGUCUCACCUACUGUCUACUUAUCUCCCUCCUGCUCUGCUUCCUCUGCUCAUUACUAUUCAUAGGCCGGCCUCAGAUGCUUACCUGCCUUUUCCGUCAAGUAAUCUUUGGCAUCAUUUUCUCGGUGGCUGUUUCUUCCUUGCUGGCAAAAACCAUCACUGUGGUUCUGGCUUUCAUGGCCACUAAGCCAGGAAGCAAGACAAAGAAAUGGGUGGGGAAGAGACUGGCAUACUCCAUUGUUCUUUCCUGUAGCAUUAUUCAAGCAGGACUUUGUAGUCUAUGGCUUUACACAGCUCCCUCAUUCCCAAAUGUGGACACCCAUUCAAUGUUUAAAGAAACAGUAAUAGAAUGUAAGGAAGGAUCAGUCAUUAUGUUUUACUGUGUGCUGGGGUAUCUGUGUUUGUUGGCUAGUGUGACCUUUACUGUGGCUUUCUUUGCUCGCAAAUUGCCCAGCACGUUUAAUGAAGCCAAGUUCAUCACUUUCAGCAUGUUGGUGUUUUUCAGUGUUUGGCUGUCCUUUGUGCCAACGUAUCUGAGCACAGAGGGGAAAUAUGUGGUGGCUGUGGAGAUCUUCUCCAUCUUGUCUUCUGGUGCUGGUUUACUGGGCUGUGUCUUUUCCCCAAAAUGUUAUAUCAUUAUUCUGAGGCCUGAGUUGAAUAGCAAGGAACACGUACUAGUAAGAAAUUAG